AUGGUCCUCGGCUUUGCCUCGCUCCGUGCCGGACACAUCUUCAUGGUCCUCGGCUUUGCCUCGCUCUAUGCCGCGUACUUCUUCAUCGUCAUCGACUUUGCUUCGCUCUACGCCGAAGCCCAACGCGUUGCCCUGGCCACGAUGAACGCUGCUUUCGGUCGAUGCCCUGACGAUGCCACUUGGAGAGACUUUUGCACCUACCUGCUGCGAGGCAGGUGGGCGACAAAAAUGCUCGCUGGUCACAGGCUGCAAGAUGAGGCGGGCUGGCGUGCCAAGUUCGAGAGAUUUUGGGAGCAGUAUCGUUCGGUAGACCCGCAGUGCCCAGUGUUCCAGGACCACGGUGGCAGUUUGGGCACAUGCAUCCCCGUGCUUCUGCACGGGGAUGAAGGUGUGGGGCAUCGCCGUAGACCGGUCAUGCAAAUCAGCUUUGGUCCAUUGCUUGAGGUGGGAAAGGAAGCGCUGAACCGUCUUUUUCUGCUUACCACUUGUCCAAGCAAGCUGUGCAGCAAGUACAACACAGGCACGGCAGCUGUCAAUCCUGUCAUCGAUCGGCUGUUGGAGGAGGUGGCGCGUUCAAUGCGCAGUUGCUAUCUUGCUGGUGUUGUGACUGAUGUUGCACGCUUCUACAUUGUUUGCAUUGGGCUAUCUGGAGAUCACAUUUUCCAGUCGAAGGCCUUUCGAUGCAACAGACACCACACCAGAAAUGCUGUAUGUCCAUUGUGCUUGGCCAAUACAACAGACAUGCCUUUCGAAGAUGUGGAGGUGGAAGAUGCGCUUUGGACCAGGACAGUUUACACAAGCCUGCCGUGGAGCCGCCCGCCACCUUUGCAAGGAAUACCUGGCGCAACUCGCCCAUGGUUCAUCCAGUUUGAUUUGAUGCAUGUUCUGCCUCAUGGCUGUGGCCGGACAUAUAUUGCCUCAGUCAUUGCAAUGAUGUGUGGUCCUUUGAAUCUUUUCCGGGGAAACAACAAAGCGGAACGCAUGCAUGAUGCGUAUACGUACUUCCUGGCGUUUUGCGAAGCCAAACACCUCUUCCCUCGGGACAUGCAAGAGUUCACACCGGAGAACUUUGCUUGGAAGUAUAACCGCAACUUCCCCGAAAUCGGGUGCAAAGCUGCAGAUUGCAACAUGCUGUUUCAGCGGGUGAUCGACUUUUUGUCGUCGACGCCUCCUGAGUGGACGGAACCUUUGCAGUGGACGUACAUGGGCUGUUGUGGUUUCGAUGAUUUUUGCAGGCUUUGCUAUCGCUCAAGCGACAGAGUCUUUUGGUCCAGGGAUGAGGCACGCAAGGGCUAUGGGUAUCUGCGUGUUUUCCUCAGAAGCUACAAGGCGUUGGCUUUCCACUGGCACAAGGAGGGGUGGACCUUAUACAACAUUGUGCCGAAGAUGCAUUUUGCAUGUCAUUGGCUCUAUUCCCUACACCUGUUUCUUCAGUCAGAGGAGCUGUGGACCAUAAACCCAGGCGCAUUUGCAACACCUCUCAUGGAGGAUUUUAUUGGCGUUUGCUCACGGAUAGCCCGAACCUCCCACCCGACGAGUGUGGCCAUCACGACGAUUCGCAAAUACCUCGUGGAAACUAGGAGAGCCUGGCGGUCAGAUUAA